UCCAAAUCUCCAGGUUCUAUGCACUAACCAUGGAUCAAGGAAACCACCCAUACCGCAGCCCAACACCUCGUGAAUCCGUUGAGCAGGAGAAACAAUUCCUUCUGGAUGGCGAUGUUGCUACUGAAAGGAAAACAUCGUGGAAGUCAUCCACUUAUCACUUCUAUAUUCUAUACACAACCAAUGGGUUGCUUCUGUUUAUCGUUGUGAUGCUGUUGGUGCAGAUUAGACAAAACACGUCUGACCCGUCGCAGGGAGUUUACUCACCUGCCAAUGAGGCAGUAGCGUAUAUUAGUGAAGUACCAUUCCGAGCGGCACUGUUCAACAACACGCCGUAUAUGGGAUUUCCUACAGACGAAACGGACAAGCUAUGGUCGGAUCUCUACAACUUCGGUAUCUCCAAAAUUCCCGAGGCGGAAGCCAAGAAACUGCCAAUACCAACUCUGCCAAUACCCGGAACAAAAGACUAUCUGAUUGAACUAGACGUGUGGCACCAAUUACACUGUUUGAAUGAUCUCCGGAUGCUUCUCUAUCCUGAAAGAUACCCAGGACUUGAUGAUCUCAGAGAUGAGAAUGGGACCAUCCAACGGGAUAAUGAUGCCUUUCGACACUGGGACCACUGCGUCGACUCCCUAAGGCAGGCUAUCAUGUGCCACGCAGAUGUCUCCCCAAUUUCAUUCCACGUCAAUGUUCCUGCGAACACGGGCAUCUUUCCCCGUCUGGCGACUACACAUACCUGUCGCAAUUUCACCAAGAUUCAAGACUGGGCACGACAUCACGAGGCAGGCAAUUGGAACUUUUCACUGACACGUGAAGAGGCGGAUGAGAUUGUUCGGACUGCUGGGUUUGAUCAGAGCCCGCUUGAGGAUAUUGAGUUUCUAUGGGAACUAUUCCCGGGGAAUAAGUUUUUCAAACAUUGGCAGGACAUCAAUUAAAACCAGUGGAUCAUUUUCUUUGUUCAGUUUGUGGCUGCCUUCCUUGGUUUUUCCAGUCUUCUGCUGCUCUGCUAUUUGUUUUAAUUGUAUAUUGAACACGGCAUGACCCUCGCUCAUCCCUGUAUAGCUACAGUAACAGGUCAUAUCAUCCGACAUCUACUAUCCCAAUCAACACCAU